AUGGGACGAGUUCGGGCUAUUCCUACUACCCGUGUCCCUCGGAAGCAGCUGAAGAGUAAUUUGGAUCGGAGCAUAUCACACGAAAAUUCCCGGUGCUCACUUGUAAAAUGCCUACAGCAGCAGCAGACUGCUGAAGUCUACGAUCCUUCUGACCCUCUGUUAACGGAUUCGGCAACCUCGACGACCUCGACGGAUGUCAACACUUCCAUCCAAUUUCACAAGAACAGGAAGACGAGCCAUAUGCAGACUGGGCUUCUGAAAGAACUCUUGCCUGAAUACCACUAUCACUCCGCUAAUGGCCUCUUGCGCGUUUUUAGGGCCCGCACCAAUGGAAGAUGGCACAGGCAGUUUCCAGAGAGUUUUGGGUCAUACCUCCUGGAUUGUGACGACAAAAUUUGCCUUAUUCCAUCUUACCUCAUAGGUGUGCAUGACUCUCCUCCUGGUGCGAGCUACCCAAGGAUGUCGGAAGGGUGUCUGGACUUUGGUCCCACCAUGAAGCCGUGUUAUGACAACUGUCCACUAGUCAACAAGACCCAAUUACCUGACUACGACAGAGUCCUUGCUGUCCUGCUCUGUUUCGUUGUGAUGCGCCGCAAUCAACUGAAGAAUUGGUUUAAUAACAAUCGCAUCACUCAUGCUAUCCCCAAGGUAGGAAAAAUCGGACGACUACAAGUUAACGUCGUCCUGCCACGCAUCCCGCAAGCCGUUCACUUGUAUUCGGGCAAAUAUUACCCGACUAGAGUCUAUCCACACGUCGCCGCGGAGGCAGCUCGACGCGGUAUCCCUACCAACAAUAUUUCGCUCGUUCGAGACAUGACCAAGUAUAUCUGGGACAACGAGACACCAGAGAUCAAGAAAGAUAUUAACGAUUGCGUCGAGAAGGAAAGAGAGCUUAUCACAGCAUUCAGGGAAGGCAAGCUGGGGGCUUCAGAUCUCAGCAGCGACAAAAAGGCAUCUGUCAUCGAUUCUCUUGAUCACGAAUUCGAAGGCAUGACCAAAAAUUUAGUCAAUUACCUCCAAUUCAACUAUGGCUGUACCACAAGUGACGGCAAGAACUUCAUCAAUUCGUUCAACGACACUGCAGAGAUUGGGCACAUCCCUGGUACCCCUGAGGGAGAGAGCAGGGCUUUCAGUCAGUACUAUGGUCUCCCCUUCAUGUAUCACAUGAAAAAAGUCCAGGGUCGCAAUGGACCUGCACCUGCCGUUGAACCAGAGGCGCACAUCGAGAGUCCUGCGGACGUUGAUCCGGCAACAUUGGUACAUGACGAUGCUGCUGGAAAUGGUGUUGCAGUCUCAAGAGCUUCCAAUGAACAGGAUUCAUUCCAGCUUCCUGAAGAAGCAACCACUCCUGUUGCCCAGUCACAAAUGGCACCACCAGCUCAAAUGUCAUCGGAACCCCUGCCCUGGUCCCGCAUCCCAUCACCAGUAGUUCAUUCUUCGCCAGUCACGACAUCUUCAGCAUCUAUUUCUUCGUCACCGAUCACUACUGAAGCAGCUCCCCCCCGAGAGACAGCGCUCAUCUCUCCCCAAUCCGGAGGUCAGGGCGUCGAGAUGGAUACCAACCCUGAUUUGCACAAUGUCUUGUGGGGAUAUUCUCAUUCUGACGAUUCGAUGAAACCCUUGGAUUCGAUUAUGUUGUCUUCACCGGCUUUAUCAGGCAUCAACGACGAUCAUUUCGGUGCCAAUGUAGCCAACUCUUCUUUUGACAUGGAUGUGGACUUGCUCCGGUCGCAAUGGCCUGACUUUUCGGGUACCGUCAAAUCCAAUUCAUCUUGGAAUGCCGAAGUAUCUGGUUCCGACGGUGACUUGUCUCAAUUCAUGGAGUCCUUAGGAUUGUCUGACAUAUUCGCCUCUCCUGAUCGAUCUGCACAAACCGUUACCGAAUCUCAUUACGCUGCCACCGUGUCGUCUGCUACCUCGUCUGACUCCCAGGCCCCGUCGGACCAACUUGCUGCUGACGUAAUUAUGCAUGAGAGCGAGCCGGCCACCAACUACCACAUGACAGCGACACCAACAUCAGACCUUCGCUCGACCCUUUCCGCUCCUUCAGUGCUUCCUGACAUCGCGAACUUGCCCAGGCAAGCGAGGCAGCGUAAAGCGCCCCCUCCCAGGGAAGUGAUCACCCUUUGUGGUGCCGAGAAGGAUUCGGGUCCACCACAGUGGCACCAAGAGAGCUUGAUGGCUAUGCAAGAUCAAUCUUUGGGCCCCAUGUGGCUUAGUCUCGUCGAAAAGUGGUAUAAACUGGAAUCUGACAUGUGGAAAGUCAAGGCAAAAACAGAGGGUAAGUACUCCCUUGGGAAGCGACGACCUCAAGAACUCACCCAGUGGCUCGACGGGACCCGUUACUUCAAUGUCGAACUCUUCAUCGUGGAUGCAUCUCGUUAUGGUAGACAGCUGGUCAACUGGUGGAACCACCUCAACCCUGCCUGGAGACGUUCGAAUGACAAUUCCGGGCUUCCGAAGCCGGAUUACUCGAAGCCUUUGAAGUGUCUUUGGAAAGGAGGGCGUCAAGGCAUUGUUACUGUCAUUUUUGGUUUAUUUUGGUGGGGUCACGCAUGUAGAGGAACGGAGCAGCUGUGGUUUCGAAUGGUUUCAGAUGUAUCGAAGACAAUCGAUGUUCUCAUGUAA